AUGACAACAGAUCACGAAGAGCCCUGUGGUCCUAGUCACAGGUCAUUCUGCCUGAAUGGAGGACUUUGUUAUGUGAUACCUACUAUUCCCAGCCCAUUUUGUAGAUGCAUUGAAAAUUAUACAGGAGCUCGUUGUGAAGAGGUUUUUCUCCCAAGCUCCAGUAUCCAGACUAAAAGUGAUCUGUUCGCAGCUUUCGUGGCAUUGAUUGUUCUUCUAGGAACUCUUAUCCUUGGAGCCCUCUACUUCCUCUGCAGGGCUCACUACAGGGAGUGGCAGCAGUCAGAUGGCAGGCGUUCUUUCCUUUCUAAGUUCCCUCAGGGCUCACCCGCGGCCUGUGGGCAGGCUGCAGGCUGGAAGGGCCAUCUUCAGAGGGCCAGCUCGGUCCAGUAUGAUAUCAACUUGGUAGAGACAAGCAGUACCAGUGUCCACCACAGUGAGUAA